AUUCGUUAUGUCCGAUAGUCUCAUCACGUUUCUCGUACGAUCUUCUCUAAAUACAAAUCCCGAAGACAAGAAUUGCGACAAAAUUGUAUACAAUAUCGAUUUUAUCGAGUUCAGUGAGAAAGUUAAAAAUCUACUGCAAUGUUGUUCUCAUAAGUGUUAACUUUGUGAGUUUAUUAUUGUGGCCGUUAGAUAUCUCUCUGUGAAACUGUCGUAAAAAGAAACCAGAGAGUUUUUUCCCAAGUAAAUUCGACACGCCAAAUAAUCGACGAUGUAUGGGAAAAGCCUCGCGUUUUGGUAUUACAUGCUUCCACUCAUAACAUCAUCUUCGAAGCUUUGGCCAAGUUCCACGAGUGACGACAUGGAAAAAAAUUAUUCGACAGUGCAAUAUCAGUUUGAUGCAAAUACCAUGAGAAACUAUGACGACGAAGAGGAUUUGAUACAAUAUUAUUUGCAUGAAAAUUCUACCAAAGAUAACAAUGUCAUGCAGUACGCGCAUCAUAUCAAUUUCACGAGUAACAACAGCAAGAAUAAUGAAGACUUGAUACAAUAUAAAUUUCAAACACAUGUUGCAAAGAAACAUGAGAAUGAUAGUCAAACACCGGUGCAGUAUCGUAUAAACUCAAGAAAAGCUAGCGGAAAGAAAAAUUUCAUGUCACGGGAAAUCCAUGGAAACUUGAAGGGGAUCAAAGGCGAAAAUGGUUCUACAUCAUAUGAUUUCUUAAAAAAUUUCGAUGGAUACAAUUUUGUUCUGGACGAGAUGUGCGACAAUAUUGUCUGCAUUCGGUUAUGCUGUCCUUUCGGUAAUCGUCUGGUUAACGGAAAAUGCAUUGCCGAGCAGGGUGAAUUCAUUUUCCUGGAAACGAUGUAUGGAUAUAGUAAUGAUUCAUUGCUAAAUGAAAGUAAACAGGUAGACGAUCUAUUUCUUCUGAUCGUUGACGAUCCGUGUCAGAAAACUGGACAUUACGUGCUUAAUUCCCACCAGAAUACACUUCUCAUCAAUGGCUCUUUGUAUUUACCUUAUUACAACACAAUCGUCGAAUCAACAUCUUAUUGCCUUGCGGUCGUGGAUUACGACAUGUUUGUUAUUAACGUUUGUUUUGAUGUUAUGGAAGAGAUCAUGAAUAAGACCAUAAACCAUAAUAAAAAUAUAAUUUCUCCAGAAUUUCUACCUGAAAGCUGGAUGUAUACUAAAGACAAUUCCAAUAGAGAUAAUAAUAAAAACAGUAUCGUUCUGGACAAGCUGUGCGAUAAUAUUACCUGCAUACGCCUAUGCUGUCCCUUCGGUAAUCGCCUAAUUAAAGAAAAAUGCAUUGCCGGACAGGGUAACUUUAUUUUCCUACAAAAUAUGUUUGGAUACAUUAAUGACUCGAUGCGAAACGAAAGUAAAAGCGUAGACAAAUUAUUUCUUCUGGUCGUUCACGAUCCGUGUCAGAAUGGACACUAUUUUUUUUAUCCCACACAGCAAAACGUGCUUCUUGAUAAUGGCUCUUGGUAUCUACAUAAUACCAAGGAUAUUUAUUACAACAGAAUUAUCGAAUCAACAUCUUAUUGUCUCGCGAUCGUGAAUACCGAGUUCUCGGACAAAGAAGUUCCUCAAGUCGAAUUUACUGUGAAUGUUUGCCGUGACAUUGCGAGCAAAUUCAUAAAGCGUGUCGAUACCCCGAUAAACCAAGAUGAUAGUAUUUCCACAAGUACAAUUGUAUCUAUAUGCGGCUUUCUAGGGUCUCUACUGUUUUCGUUGGUGAUGUUUAUAGUGUACUCCAUAGUACCAGAGCUUCGUAAUAUACACGGUUUCAUAUUGUGUGGAUACAGCAGUUCGAUAGUCAUCGUGAACACAGUCGACAUGGUAAAGAUAUUCAACAAAAGGGCUGAUAUAGCAGACUUCAUCUGUAUCGCAUAUGCUUUUGUCAGAUACUAUUUCCUUUUGACAAGCUGGUUCUGGUUAACUGUAAUGAGUAUCGAUAUAUGGCGUACAUUUGGACACUCGUUACAAAGAGAUGUGAAACAACAAGAAAGAAAGAAAUUAAUCCUGUAUUCCGCCUACGGGUGGGGAGGCCCCUUUAUGCUCGCUAUCAUUUGUGGCAUCUUGGAUUUUGUUCCUGGUGUAUCGGAAAACUUUCGACCAAAAUUUGACAAAGAUUGUUGGUUUGCUGGCUAUAUAACACGUAUGUUGUGCGUUCACGGAAUUGUAACUAUUUGUAUUAUCAGCAUUAUUUGCUUAUGCAUUAAUACGGCACGAAAAAUCGCACACUACGAAAAGGACAUUGCUCAUCAUCAGAGAAAUUUGGAGAGCCGACGUUAUAAAGACAACAAGCAAUGGUUCAAUCUGUACCUGAAGGCAACUAAAAUAUUAUUUAUCAUCUUUUGCAUAAAAUUGCCCAUGAAUGUGUUGAGCUUUGAAGUGUCAUGUACCGUUAGAUAUACUCUUUUAAUGCUGGACGUCAUACAGCAAUUUCUCAUUUUUACUAUAUUUGUAUGGAAGAAAAAGAUUGGGAAGCUGCUGCUGAAGCGAUUUGGUUGCCAGAGUUGAGAUGUAUUUUCAGCAAAGCUGAAAUUCAAAAAGCUAUCGCAUCUUCAAGCAAUUACACGUCAGGGAUGACUUCACUGUGGAAAAAGAUUAAUUUUUACGAAAAAACAAACCCUCGCGCAAAUAAUUCGUCCACUUUGAUUGAUCUAUAUUGCUACUAUACGCGGCAAAAAUAUUCUAUCAUAGGUCAAAGAUCGGCAGGUAUCCAGGGAUUAACUACAGUAUUAAAACAAUUUUUAAUCAAUGAUUAGUUUUACAUUAUCGUUACAUUAUGUUGAUCGUUUUGUUUGACAGAAUGAUGGUCUUGAUUUCCAUUUAUCAAAUAUGUAUUUGUAUAUUUCUCGUCUCUUCCUCUGAUUUUUAUUCUUUAAUGAUAUAUUUGUAAGCCUUUCUAUUUAAUUUACUUUGCAAUUAGUACUUUCUAACUUUUUGGUAAUAUUUUUCAUUAACAUUAUUAAAGAACUGUUGAAAUAUUUACUUAACUCGGAUGUAACAAUAUUAUUAUAUUAUCCUAUAUUCACAUUAUUAGUAAUAAUGUAAUGGAAACAUAUUGUAUCAAGCGUGCAUAUUGAUUGCUGAAUAUAUGAUAUUAUUCAUUAUAUAUGCAUAAAGGAUGUUUUUGUUAAUACAUACACUCACACAUAGUCAAAUUCUUUUAAGCUAAACUUCUUUAUUCACUAAUGGUUGAAAUCAUCUAACAUAAAAAUGUGUGCGUGUAUGCAUGUGUGCGUGUGUGUGUGUGUGAGAGAAAGAGAGAGAGAUUUGAUAAUUCUUUUAAUAAAAUUUAUUUCAAUUUUAGUCUGUGUAUAACAUAAAAAUUACAUAUAAAAUAAUGUCAGAUUUAUGAUGUAUUAUACUAUAUGUUAGUUUUAAUUGUAUCAUAAUUGAAUGUACACAUAUGUAAAUAUACUAUAUAUUAUCGUUAUCAUAGAAAAAUACUAGGUGAAGAAAUUGGCAAAUAAGUGCAGAGGCGCGAUCAUUUAUCACUUACCAAUUUCAAUGUUGAUUUUCGAUUAAAAUAAGUAAUAUUGCGCAUGUUAAGAUUUGAAUACAAAUUUAAUUGUUACAUAUUGCUAAUUGUUAUCUAUACUAAAGAUGGACCAAAAAAUGGAUACGUACAUAUUUAAUGCAUACUUUGUCAAUGAACUUAGACAACAAAAAAUUUACGUACUAAUAACCGUGCCUUGGCUCUUAUUUUUGUCAGUUUCUUUAUCUAGAAUCUUUAGUACUAUGAGUCUAUCACUGUUAUAGAAAAAAUAGAUGAUCUAUUUCGCUUAUUAAUAUUGCACAUAAAUAAAUAACAUGAAUUUGCAGUAAGCAUUUUUUUGCACGUGCAAUUUAUAUAUACUUGAAAUUAACGAUAAUGCAAAAAUCACGCAUUACACUUUUUAAUAUUUAAUCCUUAAUACAAUGGUUCGCGGUAUUUCAAUAAAUUAAUUGUAAUUGAGAAAAUUUUUUCCAGAAGGAAAAUCAAGGACAAAUGAGCCGAAAAGUGUCCGCACCAUUUGAGCCAUCACUCUAUCUUCAAUAUCCUGUAAAAAAUAAUAGUAAAGGAAUUUCUUGAUGUGUGAGAUAGGGACAAUAGCAAUCCGGAUUUUUCAUAAUAUUUAGUUUACACUUUAACAGACAUAUUGUAAUAACAUUUAUAAUAUAAGAUAAAAAAAUAAA